AUGCCUCACGGGGCCUACGAUGAUGGCGAGCUAGAAAUCUCUCUCGCGCCAUCGGCGAACCGUCGCGCGCAGAACAAACCUCCCGAUGCCAGCAGCCGUCGAGCCCAGAACGGCAAUGGGAACAACCACCGAUCUGUUGAGCCUGCUCCGCAGAAGCGGGCCGAGCAGCGGAUUGGGGCUUAUCAGAUCAUCAGGACGCUUGGGGAAGGUUCCUUUGGGAAGGUUAAACUGGCAACUCAUCGUGUUACGAAUCAACAGGUGGCGCUCAAGAUUAUUGCGAGGAAGAAGCUCAUCAGUCGUGAUAUGGCGGGAAGGGUGGAGCGGGAGAUCGAAUAUCUUCAGUUGCUUAGACACCCGCACAUCAUCAAGCUAUACACGGUAAUCAAAACCCCAAUGGAAAUCAUCAUGGUUCUCGAGUAUGCUGGCGGUGAACUUUUCGAUUAUAUCGUUCAGAACGGAAAGAUGAAGGAGGACGAAGCAAGGAGAUUCUUUCAACAAAUAAUCUGUGCCGUCGAAUAUUGCCAUAGGCAUAAGAUCGUGCACCGAGAUCUAAAGCCCGAGAAUCUACUCCUAGACGAGAACCUGAACGUCAAGAUUGCCGAUUUCGGACUCAGCAACAUUAUGACGGAUGGAAAUUUUUUGAAGACCAGCUGCGGAAGCCCCAACUAUGCCGCCCCAGAAGUCAUCAAUGGAAAGCUAUACGCUGGUCCCGAAGUCGACGUGUGGAGUUGUGGAGUCAUUUUAUAUGUGUUGCUCGUGGGAAGAUUGCCUUUUGACGAUGAGCACAUUCCUUCUCUAUUUGCCAAAAUUGCCAAGGGCCAAUAUGUCGUUCCGAACUACAUGAGCUCCGGAGCUGCCGCGCUGAUCAAGAAGAUGUUGGCCGUUAACCCCGUACAUCGGGCUACGAUCGAAGAGAUACGAAUGGACCCAUGGUUUAUGCAAAAUUUGCCAUCAUAUCUGCAGCCUCCCGUGGAAGAUUUUAUUGAUACAGGUGUCGAUCCUACAAAAGCUAUCACUCCCAAAACCAUUGCACCGCACGCAAGCCCUGCAGUCCAGGAGAAAUUGCAUGACCAGGUUACGGAGAAGAUCAGUAAGACGAUGGGAUACGGCAUCAAAGAUGUGCAAGAAGCUUUGGCUGCUGAAGAGCCUUCUGCGAUUAAGGAUGCUUAUUUGAUUGUGAGGGAGAACAAGUUGAUGCAAGCAAAUCCAAACCUUUCAGAUGAUAAGGGGCACUUACUGUUCCAGAUGCCCUCUCCACCGGCUUGGAAUGACGGAAUAAAACUUGAUAGUGCAGCCUCAGGCCCACCGUCGCCUGCUGUGAAGGAGGGGGAAGCUGAUCAGCCUAUCCUCCGACCACGUCCAAGUCCAAUACUAGAUGCAGUUUCACCGCGCUCAUCUAGCUCGGUCGGGACCGACAGGUCUAUUCGACCAUAUGUCAGCAAGAUUGGAAUCCUCCCCAGCAGCUUACCUACUUACCAUCGAGCGUUUAUGGAAGCCCGGAAGACUGGAAGAGACACAGGCAAUCCUCUCUCGAUGACUCACUCCGAGGCUCAUGAGCCACAGCCUCAAACCGAAGCAGAGAAAUUGGAGACAGCUCGUCGGCUCAAUCCACACUCUCGUAGUCAGAUUAAACUUGACGAGGCAAGCAAAAGGCCCCCCGGAAUGACGCCCGUUCCACAGAAGAAAACAAAGCCGACGAAGUGGCAAUUUGGUAUCCGCUCCCGUAAUCAACCCCUCGAAGCGAUUGGCUGCAUCUACCGUGCCCUGCAGAAGCUUGGUGCUGAAUGGGUGGUUGAUGAAGAGGGAGAACCUAUCUAUGGAGAACCCGCAGGCGAUAAGACGAACAGCAGCUUUGCAUCAGAUGGUAGCGGUGCAUCUUUACACCAUGCCGAGUCGAUGGACAAAGCUAGUGGAUCUGGCAAUUUACGAUUCGACAGAGUCGAUCCAAACGUGCACUACAGACUUCCAGCAGACCCAUGGGUCCUCCGCGUGCGCUGGCGCAAAAACGGCAUGUACCCUCCUGGAACCAUUCCUCCUGGAUCGACAUGCUCAUCUUUUACAGACCUCCGUCGCCAAUCCAUAGCCUCCCUGAGUAGCGGAGCUGGCUCCCUUCCCUCGCAAGAGGCACUCUCGGCUUCCAAAACAGUGGGUUCGGAUCCAAUCGAGAGUGUCACCAUGCAUCUAGAUAUCCAGCUCUACGAAAUGGAACCAGGCGUCUACCUUGUUGAUUUCAAAUGCGCGGGCUACGAGACUCCAGAUGGCAUGCUACUUGAAGAAAAGGAUGUCACAUCACCAUUCCCGUUCCUGGACCUCGCUUCGAGACUUAUUAUCCUACUGGCGGAGGCUGACUGA